GGUUUUAAAAGUGCCGGCUGCAAGUAAGAGACGGCAACAGUGCCUUGCCAGACUUCAAGCUAAGAUGGCGCUACAUCAGUGGAAUGGAAAAGCUUCUUCGAAUAUUCGUAAAUUUACCGAAGAAGAACGACAAGAACUUCGUGAACAGUUUGCCAGCGUUGAUCGCGAUGGCUCGGGUUACAUUGAACUGGCAGAAUUGAAACAAGCCCUGGAUAUUUGCGGUUUUAAAAUUCCAUCGUAUGAGGUCCGCCGCAUGAUCGAAGAAGUCGAUCGAGAUCAGGAAGGCCCUGGCAAAGGAAGACUAUCAUUUGAUGAAUUUGAACACUUGUGUGCCAAGUUGAAAUCGCAGGAUGUGGCUGCCACCUUCAAGAAAGUCGUGUCGAAGCCGGAAAAUUUGCACACGAUCGGCGGCACUUCAAAUGCUUCGUCGGAAGGCACCACCCACACGAUUCGAAUGGAAGAACAAUUGGCCUUUUCUGAUUGGAUCAACACAAACCUCGGCGAUGAUAAAGACCUUAAACACCUGUUACCCAUCGGUUCGACUGGUCGAAGUCUUUUCGAAAAAGUUAAGGACGGCAUUCUACUAUGCAAAAUCAUCAAUCAUUCGUGCCCGGAUACAAUCGACGAACGAGCCAUCAAUAUGAAAAAUCUGACGGUCUACACGAUGCACGAAAAUUUGACGUUGGCCCUGUACUCUGCCCAAUCGAUCGGCUGCAAUAUCGUCAAUAUUGAUGCGCACGAUUUGAGUAAAGGCAAACCUCAUUUGGUUCUCGGUCUCCUCUGGCAAAUUAUUCGGAUUGGCUUGUUCAACCAAAUUACGCUGGAACAUUGCCCUGGCUUGACCAACCUACUGGGCGACAAUGAGCGCAUCGAAGAGCUGAUGAAACUCUCGCCCGAAGCUAUUCUCCUGCGCUGGGUCAACUACCAGUUGGAAAAGUCGGGCACCAAUCGACGCUGCGCUAAUUUCUCCGGCGACAUCACCGACUCUGAAGUCUAUACGUACCUACUCAAGCAGAUCGCUCCGCUCGAUGCCGGCGUCACGGUGGAAGCCUUGAGGGAAAACGAUUUGUUGCGCAGAGCCGAGUUGAUGCUCCAGCAGGCGGAUAAACUUGGUUGCCGUAGCUUUUUGACGCCCAAGGACGUUGUUGAUGGCGUCUAUAAGCUCAAUUUGGCCUUCGUCGCCAACCUUUUCAACAACCACCCAGCCCUACAUGCCGAUUCAUCCGUUCCGUUCGAGGCUCUUGAGAAUUUGGAGGAAAGCCGCGAAGAGAAAACAUACCGCAAUUGGAUGAACUCUUUGGGUGUGGCGCCGUAUGUUAAUUGGCUGUAUUCUGACUUGGCUGACGGGUUGGUCAUUUUCCAGCUGUAUGACGUCAUCAAACCCGGUAUUGUCAAUUGGAAUCGAGUCCACAAGGAAUUUUCUAAACUGAGGAAGUUUAUGGAAAAAUUGGAAAACUGCAACUAUGCAGUUGAACUGGGCAGACAACUCAAGUUCUCGUUGGUCGGCAUCGCUGGCAAAGAUAUUAGCGAUGGCAAUCCGACAUUGACACUCGCUUUAAUCUGGCAAUUGAUGCGAGCCUACACUUUGUCAAUUCUAACCCAAUUGGCCGAUACGGGAAGUCCCAUCGUCGAAAAAGAGAUUAUCGACUGGGUGAACAAUAAGCUCGCCCAGGGCAAGAAAACAACAUCCAUCCGAAAUUUCCAGGACUCAUCGAUUGCCAAAGCCCGAGUGGUCAUUGACUUGAUUGAUUGCAUCAAGCCGGGCACCAUUAAUUACGAGUUGGUGCGAGAGGGCGGGCCGGAUGAGGAUAACUUAGCUAACGCCAAAUACGCCAUUUCUAUGGCUCGCAAGAUCGGAGCCCGUGUUUACGCUUUGCCCGAGGACAUAACUGAAGUCAAGCAAAAAAUGGUCAUGACCGUCUUCUCGACUCUUAUGGCCAGAGAUUACGUUCCCAGCAUGGACAGCAAAAACAAUUGAAGUGGAGAAAAAAAAAGAGAAAAAUCUUUUGUUCCUCGCAAACUGUUUACUAUUAUUGGCAUGUAAGCGCCUACGAAAAUAUCCGAAGGCUAUAAAGAAAUCAUGCGGUUAAAAAAAAAAAAUACCCGAUAAAAUCCGCAUUUUUCCAGACGGCAUCACACACAGUUGAAAUGUAUUUUCCAUGCUGACGUCCUUCCCCUCUGUUUAAAAUUUACGUUAUAUUUCAAAUGAUAUAAAAUUUUUCAAUUCUUACUUCUUGUUUACUUUUACCCUCUUUUCUAUCCCACGGCUUGCUGUGCGUGCUGCUGCGUGUGCUUGUUUUGUUGUUGUUGUUGUGUAUGUCAGUCGAUUGUCGUCAUCAAAGUGUGUUUCAAAAUUGUGGAAAUGAUUCUUGCAAAGAGAAGAAAAAAGGCGCCAUACGUGUGUAUAUCCAUCCAGAGAAAAGGAUAUAAAUACGGAACUAUUUACUAAGACUACAGCCGGGGACCAAACCAAACAAAAGUUUUUGUCAAAGUCUUAUUGCUUCCCGAUUAUAAAAAAAAAAAAAAAAAGGAAAAAAAAAUUAUUUCUGUCCCUUAGUUCUAGUGAAAACCAGAUGAUUGUCAUUGUGCUAUUGAUUUUGUUUUCUUUAAUAUUAUAAGUUUUCCAGUUUGAAUCAUUUAAGGAUGUGUAAAUAGUAACCAAAAAUCAGUCCUGUUAUACUUUUGCUGGCAUUAUAUACACACCAUUUAGUUGACCAAA